UUACUGUGGGAACUCAUCAAUUUCAAAAUACAUUUUAAUAGCUUUUUUUGUUAGAAAACUUUUAUUUCUUUUUUUUUUGGAAAGGCUUGAAGACAGGGUUACCACAAUGUGGAUUCAGGUGCGUACCAUGGAUGGAAAGGUCACCCAUCGAAUUGAUUCUUUGUCUAAGCUCACCAAAGUGGAUGAGCUACGUCUUAAGAUUGCAGAUGUCUUCAAGGUGGAGCCAGAGAGGCAGAGGCUGUUCUACAGGGGCAAGCAGAUGGAAGAUGGCCACACAAUCUUUGACUACAGCGUAGGCCUCAACGAUAUCGUGCAACUGUUGGUCCGGCAGACACCACCUCCGUUGCCUCUCCCAGCCCGCAAGGAUAAAGAGGCGGAGCUUUCUGACUCAGACUCGGGCUGCGGUUCUGCUCAGAGUGAGUCGGACAAGAGCUCCACUCAUGGGGAGCUGGAUAGCCAGCCAGCUGGCACCUCCUCCCAGACUGAACUGCCUGAUCUCGUUGACCCUGGCUUUGGCCUCUACAAGAUAAAUGAAUUUGUGGAUGCCCGAGACUUGAACAUGGGCGCUUGGUUUGAGGCACAAAUUUUGAAUGUGUCAAAGGAGCGAAGGAGCACUUCAGAUGGAGACAGUGAAACAUCAUUGGUCACUGAGGAGGAGAUUCAUUACCACGUCAAAUAUGAAGACUACCCAGAAAAUGGUGUGGUGCAGCUGCUGGAGAAGGACGUGAGGCCACGUGCCCGCACCGUGUACCAGUGGCACCAACUAGAGGAGGGCAUGGUGGUGAUGGUCAACUAUAACCCUGAUGAACCGAAGGAACGUGGCUACUGGUAUGAUGCCCAGAUCCAGAGGAAGAGAGAGACCCGCACUGCCCGUGAAAUCUAUGGAAAGAUACUGCUAGGAGAUGCUGGUGACUCUUUGAAUGACUGCCGCAUCAUGUUUGUGAAUGAAAUUUACAAGAUAGAGGAGCCUGGGAGUGUCGAUGGGAUGACAUCUGCCUCGGACAGUCCAAUGAAAAGGUCCAAUGGACCAGAGUGCAAGCAUUGCAAGGACAACCCAGCGAAGAAUUGCCGUAUGUGCAACUGUCAUGUGUGUGGUGUGAAGCAGGACCCCGACAAACAAUUGCUGUGUGAUGAGUGUGACAUGGCCUUCCACACCUACUGCCUAAACCCCCCGCUCACCACCAUACCUGAGGAUGAGGACUGGUAUUGUCCGGACUGUCGCAAUGAUGUAAGCGAGGUGGUGUUGGCUGGAGAGAAGUUAAAGGAAAGCAAGAAAAAGGCCAAGAUGGCUUCUGCUAAUUCUUCCAGCCAGAGGGAUUGGGGCAAGGGUAUGGCAUGUGUUGGCCGCACUAAACAGUGCACCAUUGUUCCCUCAAACCACUAUGGACCAGUGCCCGGUGUGCCCGUUGGGUCCCUCUGGAAAUUUCGGGUGCAGGUCAGUGAGUCAGGGGUUCACAGGCCCCAUGUUGCCGGGAUCCAUGGUAGGAGCAAUGACGGUGCUUAUUCCCUGGUGCUGGCAGGAGGCUAUGAGGAUGAUGUGGAUGAUGGAAAUGAGUUCACAUACACUGGUUCUGGUGGCCGAGAUCUGUCUGGGAACAAGAGAACUGCCGAACAGUCGUGUGAUCAGAAGCUCACCAACAUGAACAGAGCUCUAGCUCUGAAUUGUAAUGCAGCAGUGAAUGACAAGGAUGGGGCAGAGGCAAAGAACUGGAAGGCAGGCAAGCCUGUCAGGGUGGUGCGUAGCUCCAAAGGUCGCAAGCACAGCAAGUUCUGCCCGGAGGAUGGCAAUCGUUAUGAUGGCAUCUACAAGGUGGUGAAAUACUGGCCAGAGAAGGGCAAAUCUGGCUUCCUGGUCUGGAGGUAUCUGCUGAAACGCAACGACGACGAGCCAGCGCCUUGGACUCGGGAAGGAAAGGAGAGGAUCAAGAAGCUGGGUCUCACAAUGCAGUAUCCUGAGGGUUACUUGGAAGCAGUGGCUGCCAAGGAGAAGGAAAAGGAGAACAAGAUGGAGGAUGAAGAAGAGGAUGUGACUGAGUCACCAGCUAUGGGGAAGAGGAAGAGGAAAUCUCAAGGCAAUCAGAAAAAAUCACCAGCUAAGAGCUCUCCUAAGAAGAUGAAGGUAGAAACCUACAAGUUGACCCCAGAACAAAAGGCCCUGAUCAAGGAGGACGAGCUCAACAAGAAGUUGUGGGACGAAGCCAUGGAGAGCUUGUCACAAGGACCUAAAUUUCUGAACAAAGUUGAAGAGGUGUUUUUAUGCAUAUGCUGCCAGGAAGUGGUAUAUCAGCCAGUUACUACAGAGUGUCAACACAAUGUAUGCAAGGAAUGUCUGCAGCGCUCCUUCAAAGCAGAAGUGUACACAUGUCCUGCCUGCAGACAUGACCUGGGCAAGAACAACCCCAUGAACGUCAACAAGCCCCUUCAAGGCAUCCUCAACCUGUUCUUUCCCGGGUACAGCAGUGGACGGUGAUGAUGUCCUGCACCUGUAUUCAACUGCUGCUGCAACCCCCUCCCUCCCACCUCAGAUCUCCUGGAGACUACACGAACUAUGACUGUGUAGUGUAGGAGUGAACAAUUUAAAAAUAAUAAUUCUUUUAAUAUAUUGAAAUUAUUAGAGAUAAUCUGCUGGGUGGGUGGUCAAGAUCCUUCCCUGCCCCAAAUCUGUGCUUCUCCCCACCCCUUUUUGUGUAUAACAAAGGUUAUGAGUGACUUUUUGUCAUGAUUAAUCAAGCAACAAAGAUGCAUUCAGUACUGUAUCAGGCAUCUAGCCUCCUGACUGGCUGCUACCUUUUAAAACUUAUCGUUUCCAAUUUAGUUCAGUAAUUAGUUUGAUCCAAUCAGAAGUGGGUAGUGGCCAAAAAAGCAAACAAGGUGAUUAUGUGCUGGUAUAAUUGACCUGCUUUAGCAAGUUUGUUUUGGAUUUUGUUUUCAACGACAGGCUGUGCAUUAUUUAAAGGGUUAGUCUAGUUAUGCCUACAGCACCGUGUGUAUUUUUAUGUAUGUGAUUAAUCCUCCAUAGUUUGCGUUUAUGAUUCAUCCAACUUGAUACAGACUCACUCUACCAAACCGGCCAGUACAAGAGCUCGGUGUCAUACUGGUGUCACCCAACUAACAGGGCUGUUCACGAGCACAAAUGCAAUCCGUUGCGACUUCAAUACAGGUGAUAUUUUGUGAAAUACUGCUACAGAACUCUCCUCUUGUUUACAGUGAAAGGCGGUCAUUCUGCCGCUACCGCACACCUCAGGCAGCUGGCAACUCUACAGAACUGGGGCUGGAUCCGUUGUAUAUUUUCACAGGUUGUAUAUUUGUAGCACCAGUUAGUUGUUUGGUCCGUUCAAUAGUAUAUUCUUGUAUUCUUAACUGUACUUCUUGCUUACUAAAA